AGAACACCUUUCUCUACUCUUUACUUACAUUAUAAAAAUAAAUGUCCAAGAACAUCUUAACAACUUCCAAUGGAAACCCCGUUGAGAAUGAUCAAACCUCUCAGACUGCUGGUCCCACAGGCCCAGUUCUUAUCCAGGACUUCCACUUGAUUGACAAACUUGCCCAUUUUGACAGAGAACGCAUCCCUGAACGCGUCGUUCAUGCCAAAGGAGCUGGAGCACACGGCUAUUUCGAGGUUACCCACGAUAUUUCCAAGCUGACAAAAGCCAAGUUCUUGAAUGGAAUUGGCAAAAAGACACCCAUAUUUACCCGUUUUUCUACCGUCGGUGGUGCCCAAGGAAGUGCGGACACAGCCCGCGACCCUCGUGGAUUUGCUGUCAAGUUCUACACAGAAGAAGGUAACUGGGAUAUGGUUGGUAACAACACCCCAGUCUUCUUCAUCCGCGAUCCAUCGAAAUUCCCUGAUUUUAUCCACACUCAGAAGAAGAAUCCAAGAACCAAUCUUCCUGAUGCUGAUAUGUUCUGGGACUUCUUAUCACUUGUCCCAGAGUCUAUCCACCAAGUGUCCAUUCUCUUCUCUAACCGCGGCACUCCAGAUGGAUUCCGUCACAUGCACGGCUUCUCUUCUCACACUCUUAAGCUAGUUGAUGACAAGGGGCAGUUCAAGUAUGUCAAAUGGCACUUCAAGACUGACCAGGGAGUCAAGAACCUGUCGGCCAGUGAAGCUGCUAGAAUUUCCGGUAUCGAUCCUGAUUACUCUACACGCGAUCUCUUCAACGCAAUUGAACGCGGCGAACAUCCUUCGUGGUCCGUCUAUAUUCAAAUCAUGGAACCUAAUGACGCAAAGAGCUACCGCUUUGAUCCAUUUGAUAUCACCAAAGUCUGGCCCCAUAGUGAUUACCCUCUUGUUCCCGUUGGUAAGAUGGUCUUGAACAGAAACCCUGAAAACUACUUUGCGGAGACGGAGCAAGCUGCGUUUAGUCCUUCGCACAUGGUUCCUGGUAUCGAUGUCAGCCCCGACCGUAUGCUGCAGGGUCGUUUGUUCUCGUACCCUGAUACUCAUCGUCACAGACUUGGACCCAAUUAUACCCAAAUUCCCAUCAAUCAACCUGUCUCACGUGUGGCCAAUUAUCAAAGGGAUGGUUUCAUGACCGUAAAUGGCAAUGGUGGUUCCAAUCUUAAUUAUGGUCCCAAUUCGUUCGAUGGUCCUUACCAAAACGAUAUUGUUGGUUCCACUUACACUGCUGAAGAAAUCUCUGGUUUCACUGGCCGAUUUACAUAUGAGCUUAAAGAUGUCGACUUUGUACAGGCUGGUGAUUUGUACAGAGUCAUGUCUCCUGAAGAAAGAACAGACUUGGUUAACAACAUUGCUGGUCACUUGAAAAACGCAAAGAAGCACAUCCGUGAUCGCCAAAUUGCUCACUUCAAACGCGCUGAUCGCGAGUACGGUUCGCGCAUAGAAAGUGCCAUUUUGGGACUCACCGCAAAAGCUUAAAAUUUUUACAUACACAUAAUUCUCAUUCUCAUCUUUAUUUCUUUUUAAAUAAAAACAUUGCUUUUUGCCU